UUCUUCCAGUGAACCGGAUGCUCCGUCAGUUUCCUCCUCGGCGUCCUCCGGUGUUUCCCGGCUCCCUGGCAAGGCCGCAGGCAUCCACGGGGGACGGUUAGGGGGCUCCCGGCGGCUGGCCUGGCAGGUGUAGGGCGCCGGUAGGAGCUGGGCGCACACGGUUACCGAGCGUGGAGGAGACACGUCCCUGCGGCGAUGGGUGCCAGGGGCGCUCCUUCACGCCGGAGGCAGUCGGGGCGGCGACCGCGGUAUCUGCCCACCGGGAGCUUUCCCUUUCUCCUCCUCCUGCUGCUUCUUUGCAUCCAGCUCGGUGGAGGACAGAAGAAAAAGGAGAAUCUUUUAGCUGAGAAAGUAGAACAGCUGAUGGAAUGGAGCUCCAGGCGCUCAAUCUUCCGAAUGAAUGGUGACAAAUUCCGAAAAUUUAUAAAGACACCACCUCGAAACUAUUCUAUGAUUGUUAUGUUCACUGCUCUUCAACCUCAGCGGCAGUGUUCUGUGUGCAGGCAAGCUAACGAAGAAUAUCAAAUACUGGCUAACUCCUGGCGCUAUUCCUCUGCUUUCUGUAACAAACUCUUCUUCAGUAUGGUGGACUACGAUGAGGGGACAGAUGUUUUUCAGCAGCUCAACAUGAACUCUGCUCCUACAUUUAUGCAUUUUCCUCCAAAAGGCAGACCCAAGAGAGCGGAUACUUUUGACCUUCAAAGAAUUGGAUUUGCAGCUGAGCAACUAGCAAAGUGGAUUGCUGACAGAACGGAUGUUCAUAUUCGUGUCUUCAGACCACCCAACUACUCUGGCACCAUUGCUUUGGCCUUGUUAGUGUCACUUGUGGGUGGUUUGCUCUAUUUAAGAAGGAACAACUUGGAGUUCAUCUAUAACAAGACUGGUUGGGCCAUGGUAUCUCUGUGUAUAGUCUUUGCUAUGACUUCUGGCCAGAUGUGGAAUCAUAUCCGUGGACCACCAUAUGCUCAUAAAAACCCGCACAAUGGACAAGUGAGCUACAUCCAUGGGAGCAGCCAGGCUCAAUUCGUGGCAGAGUCACACAUUAUUCUGCUACUAAAUGCUGCUAUCACCAUGGGGAUGGUUCUUCUAAAUGAAGCGGCAACAUCCAAAGGCGAUGUUGGAAAAAGACGGAUCAUUUGUCUAGUGGGAUUAGGCCUGGUGGUCUUCUUCUUCAGUUUUCUACUUUCAAUAUUUCGUUCCAAGUACCACGGCUACCCUUACAGCUUUUUAAUUAAAUGAAGCCGAGUGGGAUUUGCAUAAAGUGAAUGUUUACCAUGAAGACAAAGUGUUCCUGACAUACUAGUUCAAAUACUUGAGUUCAUUUCCUUGCUGAUUGUGAUAAUCCAGCUGUUUCUUGUACAAUUUUUUAAAACGUGAGUUUUCCUAGUGAACUUAAUUCAUAGACAUGGAUGGUUAAAUUUAAUAUGGAAAAAACAAAGGCAUCAUUGAAGUGUUUUUCAAGCAUAUUAUAUUCACUGUAUGCAAUAGGUUGAAAUAAAUGACAGUGCAGUUAUGAAUUCAUGCUUUUAAACUGUCCACUCACUAGUAAAGAAAACCACAAUGUUAGUAAAAGAAAACUAUGAAAUGUAUCUUAAUUCUUGGGAUUGUACAGAGAUAGGUGUAUGCAUGAAAAUAUGUCAUGUACUGAAAAAUAAUACUUUCUGCAGUUUCAGUAUAAAGGACAUGUAUGGUUACAAAUAGCGUUUUGUUCUUAUUCAUCAUAACCAGAUAAAGGAGAUAGGACAGGGAGCUGGAUGAACAGUACUCAGAUGCCUACGCUGGGACAUGGAGGUCCUUACCAGAAUAUAAAUGUAAAGCCAACAUGACUAAAUCAACAUGCCUCAAGGCAUCAGGCAAUGAAAGCAACACACCACAACUAGGAAUUAAUUCUUCUCCAACUUUAGAAGUGUCACCCAAGAAUCCAGACUUACAACCACAAAACUAACCCACUAUGGACAUUUUCCCCUUGUGUUAUAUGGAAGAAGCUUGCCAUCAAAACCUUAUUCCCAGACCCAGAUAUAGGUUAGUUAUCCUAAUAUGAAGGACUCAAUGAUGCUUUCUUGAAAAUCAAAUAUAGGAGUGUAACCAUUAUUAUGUUUGUAUAUUGUAUUUUAGUUUAUAAAGCACUUUCCCAUGUGUUAUGGUAUUUUUUUCUUCACAUCAACCCUGUAAAUUAGACAGGAAUUUAGACAGGAAAUGUAAAUUUUAUCUGACUUAUUUAAGUACUGGAAGCUGAAAGCCGCAAAGAAAAAAUAGAGCUUGUAACUGGGCUUUCAAACUCUCAAACCUGAAUUUCUGUUUUCUGUGGUGCUUCCUAAAGAAGGAUUUAG